AUGGCACUUCGACUGGCGCCAUACAACAAUGGCAUGAGACUCGGCCAGGGUUUCAAUUCCUACACCCAGCAGAUAUGUGUCGACGACGCGGUAGUCACAGACCCAGAUCGAAUUGACAACCAAGUCACCAACGAUGGUUUCACCAUGCGCGACUUGAGGUUCGCCAUCAGCGGUGCCCAUACCACUCACAGCCCCAGCAGUGAAGAAAGUGGCGAUACUGUCCUUGUGCCCUCGGCCGGUGAAGAGGGAAACGAUAGUAGUACCCUUGCAGCCAAAAGCUUCGCUUUCCAAUUUGAGCAGCGCGCUCAGCAGAUCAAGAAGCUCAUCGAGGACAUCAAUGCCUACGAAACUGAACUUGAAGAUGUUUCAAAGGUCGAGACUGCUGAGCGACGACAAAAAGCCCUGAUCUUGGAGAACAAGCGCAUCAAACUCUCCAAGCUGAAGACUCUUGAGGUUACAGAAGCCCUUAAAUCUGCUGAUUCUAAAGGCUUAGCUGAGGAACUUGCCAACCGCGGCCGAAGCCAAGUCGUUACUUACACCUCCCGCUUCGUCAGUAAGCUCAGCGAAGUGACAGACGAAAUGAACAUUUCUGGCUCCCUGUCCAUCAAAUAUGGUGCCAUUGGUGGCUCUGGUAAGGGAUCAUUCAUCGACUCGGACAAGUUCAAGGAGAGCGACUUGAACUUCUUCAUCAGCGUCAAAGUGAUCAACCAGUCAAUCAAUAUCAAGGAUGCCCUAGUAUACCAAGCACUGCCCUCUGUUGACGAAAAGAACUUUGUUGAGGUUUUUGGAGACUGCUUUAUUUCUGGAUUCCUGGAGGGUGGCGAGUUUAAUGCCCUGGUCAGCAUGAAAGUUCUUAACAAAGACAAGAAAACCGAAAUUGAGGCAGAGGCCAAGGUUGCUCUGACUAUCGGCCCCGUUGAGCUUGAGGCCGAAGCCAAGGUCAAAGUGGCUAAGAACAACAUUCAAGCCAACACUGAGACCACAAUCCAAGUUGGCUGGUCUGGUGGUGGAAGCAUCAAGCCAAUGGACGAACCCUGGAGUAUCGAUACAUUGAUGCAGACUGCGGCCAGAUUCCCAGACCUGGUAGCAAAGACCCCUCAGCGAACUUACGCGAUUCUUACCAAGUAUGAAGCUCUGCGAAGCUUCAUGAUGCUAAAGCCGGAGAAACUUUCGCCAAUCAUGUAUGAGAAUGCUGCAAUCUACACCAACGCCCUUCUGGAUGCGUACAUGGACUACAAGAACAUUUACCGAAACAUUUCCUCAGACCUCUUUGACAUUGACGCCGGAACAAAGAAAUUCGACAAGUCAAUGGAUACUGGCACUCUUGCCGACAAUACUACCCUUGUCAAGGUUGAUGACGAGUCAAAGUUCUCGGCCAGCUACAAGGGCAUGGAACUCGCGAGGAGAGCAUGCCGCUUCCAGAUGAUGAAGAUUGUCACAGAAGUGGACCUCGUCACGUCAAAACCCAAAUUGUCAACCGACGAGCUCCGGGGUGAACAGUUCCAGAGCCCAGUUUCAUUCAGAGAGAGGCUGCCGAAGGUUGUUUUGGAACGAACACCCCGCAAGUUGCAAUUGUUCGGCGACGAAGAACAGACGUACCAUCCUCUGCUUGAAGGUGCAUCUGGAAGUCAAGAGGAGGCAAACAAGGUCGCCUCGCUGGUGGCAGAUAAGAACGACAUCAGCGAGCACUUGCGUCUAGCCCCUCCUAUUGGAUCAGAUGAGGGGACUUUGUUCUGUAAUCUUGACUUUAUCAAGCCUACUUUCGCUCUGCUGCAAAUUAUCGUCGAGGUCUCAGACCGUGGCGUUGUGAGUGGAAUGAGAACUCGAUACUCCAACGGUCUGGUUACCAAUCUUGGAGCUGUUGGGACUGGGAAGCAGGUCACUUUGAACUUGCAUCCCGAGGAUGGAGAGAGGGUUGUGGCUUGCUCCAUCGAAGUCGGUCGUCCCACGGAUGAGUCCAAUGCAAAGGAGCGAGUCACUGCAGUUCGUCUGUAUACCAACCGUGGGCCUGAUCUCAUGGGUCAAGCCGAUAACUGGCAGCCUUCGCUGGAUGGCAAAGGCCAACGCGGGAAUACUUCCUUCGAAGGACUGACCUUGAAGCACUACGACCCUCUGCUGGCAGGUGGUCAUCUCAAAGGCUUCUGGGGACGGAGUAUCAACACUUCAACCUCGGGCAAGCGAACUGGCCUGUAUAGAAUGGGUCCCAUUUGGGGAGAUACCCAGGAUGAUUCUGCUGUGGCUGCCGGACUCGAGAGCGGAGAUGAUAACGAGCAGGACAGGCCAAAGACAGGAGGUGUAAGAGCGCUCGAUAUUGGGUGGAAGAUGGAGACCAACAUGACGCGCAGCACGACAGUCCGUUUCGAGAAGAGCCUGUCCUCAACACCACGAGUCAUCUACGGUCUUCGCCAAAUGGACAUCAUCUCUCCUCACGGUCCAAACAUUGCCGUCGAGACUCUCAAUCUCGGCAAAGAAGGCUUCGACCUGAAACUGUCAAGCUGGAGCAGUAUCGUGUUCAACACAGAGGCCAACUGGCUGACACUUCCUGGCAACAGCAACAUCAACUUCCAGUACGGCGAAUUAGACAGCUCCGAGCUCCCCGGCCGAGCGACUACCCAAAACGCCAGCUUCCGCGUCUACUUCGCUAAGCCGUACAAGACCGAGCCCAAGGUACAGUGCUGGUUCACAUCCAUCGUGCAGCCCAAGGGCUGGAGAUCUCUCCGCUGCAGUGUUUCCAACAUCACGCGCACAGCCUGUACUAUCACCAUGGAGACGUGGGCCGGCCGACAGUUCGACCGCGCAAAGGUGAUGUGGCUGGCGUGGGAUUCCGAGUACGAUGGCAAGAAUGUUCGUUCGGGCACGUCGUUCUUCAAGAAGGAUACGCCGAUCCAGGAUUUCCCCUGGUAUAAUGGCUCGUUCGCCAAGCAGCCUGUAGCGUUUGGGGCGAUCUGUCACAUUGACUUCCCUGAGCAGACGACUAAUCUUCGUUGCUACACGAAUGUUAUUGAGGCUACGAAAGAUAGACUCAAGUGGCAAGCUGGUACUUGGGCGGAUACGACAAUGGAUACGACUGGUAUGGUAUGGAUUGGAAUGGACUAA